GUAUUUCGCAAAGUUGUUAAUUUUAAUUGAUGGAACAUUUAAAAACAAAUGAACAUGUCAUUAAAAUUCACGGCUACAUAUUUAAAAAUGAUGACUGACCUGAUGUUCUAACGACAUGAAUCCACAUUCCACAGUCUUAUCUAAAUAACUAUAAUUACUGUUAUUGGUGGAACUGAACUGAAAUAAUGUAUGUAUUAGUUGUUUACUUUAGCUCAGAACAUGUCAUCAUUUGAAAGAAUCAUUCUAUUCGUCAGUUUCUCAGAAUUAAGUUGUUUGCAGUAUUGCUUGACUCUAAAUGAAAAACAUAAGUUUUUAUCUAAUUAUGAUGAUAUUCGCUUCGGCAUAUUCCACGUCCGAGGAGAACGCGUUUCAAGCCUGCAUCGAAAAGGAAGGAGCAUCCAAAGUGGAUGCUGAUGUCGUUAGAAAGUUGAACGUACCGCAAACGUACAUCCAAAAAUGCCUGUACGCGUGCAUGUUCGAGCAAUCUGGAACUUCGGACGGGCAGCAGUUCGAUAAGGAAACGUUCUUGGCCAAUGCUGGGAAAAUGGCUAACGUUGAUCAGAAGGCGGUUCAGAGAAUGGCGGACCGAUGCGAUGGCGUUGAAAAUGACGAUCGUUGUGAGUUGGCCGCUGACAUAGUGGCGUGUCUCAGUGGGCGGAAGCGGAGUUGAAAAAAGAAGUGGCAGAUUUUAAUUUAAUUUACUAGAAGUUUGUGAGUAGGGUAGGGUAGUCAUCAAUGAGACACUUUUGGUUUUCAACUUUCAACGAUUUUUCUAUUUUUUUCCUCAGCAUAUUUUAAUGAGCUUUUUGUUGCAUUUUCAUUCUUUCCAUGUGUUCUAACAUUGACCAAAAUAUGAGAUCGAUCCGACGUCUACAGCCAGAGUUAUUCAACUGUCUCAUUGUAGACGUACUUGGCAGGAACAAUGAGACAGCUGGGGAACAAUGAGACACUCUACAAAAAUCAAUACUUUUCUAGUAAAACACCAUUCUUUUGUUUUGUUCCAUUGCAGGUGACUUGCCUUGAACAUUUUAAAGCAAUUUUGCCAACAUGAAACUUUAAUUAACAAAAGUUAUACUAAAAAGGAUUGAAAUUUUGUAAAAUCCAUAUAUUUAUACCAAAUAACAUUGUAUGUUUGGUUAAAUGAAGUUAAAACUCUAUAGAUAUGGCAAAAAUCACUUUCAGUUCAUGUUUUGAAAGAUUUGCAUAAAUUUUGAAAAGUUUAAUGAAGAAAAAUCGAAGUGUCUCAUUGUUACCCAUGGGCUGAAAUGAGUGGGGAACAAUGAGACAGUCUCGGAUUCUGGGUAUAUUCUAAAUUUUGGCCAAACCUAAUGAAAGGACACUGUAGCUCAACUCAAUCUCUGUAGAACGUCGAAAGAAAUUUGAAGAAAUAUUCGUUUUGGUGUAAAUGGCAGCCUACGAGCGAAAAAGUAUUUUUUGUCAAUAAUUUACUUCUACAUCCCAGAAUCAAACAUUUAUGAAUAACUUUUCAAGGGAGCGUCCAUAACCAAAGCCACUAUUAUGGCAGACGUGUAUCCAGUAGACACACCUUUCCCCCAAAUAUGAGCCUUAUUGGUUGAAACUACGACUUGUGACAGCCAUUUUAUCAUUGUUCCCCGUGUCUCAUUGAUGACUACUCUACCCUACUACACAAUGUUUGUAAUGUCAGCGCAGUAUCCGAAUUUAUGUACCAAUAUGUUAUUAAUGGUCUUACAACAUUUUUUCCAGCAUAAAAAUUUUCCUUGUAGUUAUGGUGAAAGUUGAACUCAUCUAAAUCGGAUAUUUGGUACCGUAAACUGGGGUGACUUUGAUAGCCCGGGGUGAUUUUGAUAGGUUUUUAAAAUGCCUGUCAAAUUAAUAUCUAAACAUUUUUGAGAAUUUUGAAUAUGUAAGCAUUAUGGGAUAGCUUAUUAUCGAACAUAUAUGCAAAAAUGUGACUGUUGGAUUGGAUGUAUCAAAAUUAGUGGCCAAAUCAAAUUUCUAUCAAUUUCACCCCGGGCUAUCAAAGUCACCCCAGUUUACGGUAGUCCUUAUUGAGUGCCCUUUCCGAUUUGAUGUACUCUCAAAGGCUGCUUUGGAUAGCCUAGUUGCUUUGCAUGAGCUAGAUCUAGCUCUAGUUUCGGGUACGUUCUUAUUUUUUUUUGUUAAAAUCUCCCUACAUUGCUGAAUUCUUUUUUGCUCUUAAUUUUGGAGUAUUUCUUCUAGAAUCCAGAAUGCGAUGGGUUUUUUAUAUACAGUACAGGUUAAAUUGUUUUGAUAUGUUUACCAUAAAACCAACAUUACAAUUAUUGAUUUAUUCUUUAUUAGGUCAAUUAUCAAAAGAUAUUUUACAAACAGUACUUUAAAAAAAGUUAUGUUGAAAAAUAAUAUCCAUAAAGAGUGUGCAAACUUUUUACGAAAAAAAAAGCAAGACUGUUACCAAAUCAAAAUCAAAUUCAAAUUAUUCGCUCUACAGCAUUGCCUUGGCGUUCUCGAUUGCGAGAUUCCUACUCGAAACUAGGUGUCCGAAGGAUUGAUUGUUGAGGCAAUUGCAAACCUCUUUUUACACCUUAGCUUCCAUCCACCCCGGGAUUCGAACUGACGACCUUUGGAUUGUUAGUCCAACUGCCUACCAGCGAAUCCACCGAGGCAGGACCCAGGGAGACGACUCCUACACCUGGACUGAGCUAACGACCUAACUCUUUAGGUUAGACCGGGACCAACAUUUACUUCCCUGUCCGACGGAAGGCGUGAUCAGACAAAUCUCGUCUCAAAAUUUGCCACCGGAACCUUCUGGGAUCAAACCCAGGCCGACUGGGUGAGAGGCAACCACGCUUACCCCUACACCACGGUCCCGGCUCUGUUACCAACAGGUUUAAAUAAUGUCUUAA